AUGAAGAUCCCUUUUGGCAGUUGGUUCCUGGUCGCGGCCUUGUGCCUUGCACAGUGGGCAUCUGCCGCCACCAAGUACUUUGCUAUCACCCUGACAUGGGAAAAUCGAACUGUUGCGGGCAUCACUAGACCGAUGAUACAUACCAAUGGCCAAUUUCCUGCCCCACAAUUGUCUUUGGACCAGAGUGACAAUGUCGAGUUUUAUGUUCAAAAUGACUGCCCUUUCUCGGUGACUGUGCAUUUCCACGGAAUCGAGCAGCGUGGUACACCAUGGUCUGACGGUACCCCGGGCGUGUCUCAGCGACCAAUUCCACAAGGCGGCUCAUUCCUUUACCAAUGGAACGCAGAUCAGUACGGUGCUUACUUCUACCAUGCCCAUCACCGCGGUCAGAUUGAUGAUGGACUUUAUGGACCAAUUUAUAUCGCCCCCGCCCGUUCGGUGGAGCGGCCUUUUGAUCUUAUCAGCAACAGCUCGACCGACCUCAAGGCUAUGCUGGAGGCGGAAAAGAACACAUCCCCGAUCAUGCUGUCUGAUUGGAAGCGGUAUACAUCGGAGCAAAUCUGGAGUGCCGAAGAAGCCUCUGGAGUUGAUGCACUCUGUGCAAAUGCGCUUUUGAUCAACGGAAUGGGCUCCGUGAAUUGUUUCUCGCAGGCUGAGCUUGCUUCCUUCGUCAACGAAACGGGACUGCAACCGUUUCUGGGGAACGAGACCUUGACAGACCUGGGUUGUCUACCUCCUGAUCUUAUCGCCGCACAGGGUGCUUACCCUCACAACUAUAGCGCUCUACUACCGGGCAUGUUUGAUGGAUGUGUACCCACCGAGGCCUCUCAUGCGCGAUUUAAUGUCAACCCAGCUGCUCAGUAUGUAAGCUGGGACUUGAUCAGCUCCGCCGGUGUCCUCGAGAUGAUUUUCUCCGUGGACGAGCACGAGAUGUACGUCUACGCCAUUGACGGACGCUACAUCGAGCCUCAGCUCGCCGACGCCGUCAUCGUCCCCAACGCAAACCGAUACUCAGUAAUGAUUCCACUGAACAAACCAGCGGGCGACUACACAGUCCGAGUGGCCAGCGCAAGCGCGAACCAGGUUCUCAACGUCACAGCGACAAUGCACUACGAGGCCACAAACAAACUGCACAGGCCGUCCAACCCGUGGAUCACACCUGCAGGCAUAAAUGCUACCGAGGAGACAAUUCUCUUCGAUGAGAGCCAAGUCGUGCCUUUCCCGGUCAUAGCGCCUUCCACCGACGUCGCUGCAACUUACAUCCUCAACAUCGGCCAGAUCAACUCCUCAUACAUCUGGAAACUGGCCAAUCAAUCCUUCAAUAUAGGAUUUGAAGAGUCACAGCCCCUUCUCUUCAACGAGUCCUCCAUCCCAUCUUACCUGUACAUCCGCACCAAGAACAAUACCUGGAUCGACCUCAUUCUGCAGGUAACUACAGUUGGCCAGCCGCGGCAUCCAAUACACAAACAUUCCAACAAGCACUUCGUCAUCGGCCAGGGCAAUGGUACUUUCAACUACUCGUCAGUUGCGGAGGCGAUGCAGUUUAUCCCGGACUCCUUUAAUCUCGAGACUCCGCAGUAUAGAGAUACAUCCCCCACGCCUCUUCCGCUGAACGAGCCAACCUGGUUGGCCAUUAGGUACCAGGUUGUUAACCCGGGGGCGUUUUUUAUGCAUUGCCAUAUCCAGAUGCAUCAGAGCGGAGGUAUGGCUCUGGCGAUUUUGGAUGGGGUUGACCACUGGCCUGUUAUUCCUUUGGAGUAUAGGCUGGACGAAGCCGAAUCCUCUUGA